AUGCGUCCAGCUGACGAUCGGAAUCCGCUAGCGAUACACUUGCGACUUUUCCUUUGGGAUUGCCCGUCCGAGUGCGAUUAUACCUGCCAGCAUGUCAUCACUAACAAGCGGGUCUCCCGUGACCCUCCAAUGCUUCAGCCUGUGCUCCAGUUCCAUGGUAAAUGGCCGUUUCGCCGUAUUUUGGGGAUCCAGGAGUUCUUUUCCGUUUUCUUUUCGCUGCUGAACUUUCUGGCUCACCGGCAGGGCAUGGGAAGGGUUCGCGAAUCGAUACCCGAAUCAUAUCCCCUGCGAAAAUACUACUUGGCGUUUGGAUAUUUCGGGCUUGCGAGCUGGAUCUUUAGCAUGAUAUUUCAUACUCGAGACUUCCCAUUGACGGAGAAGCUCGACUAUUUCGCGGCUGGAGCUAGUGUACUAUACGGUUUAUACCUCGCCAUUGUCCGGAUAUUUCGCCUCGACCAAGUCCGUCCGCGUCUUAAACCCACGUUGCUGCGUUGGUGGACAAUACUCUGCUGUGGGCUCUACUUGGCUCAUGUGUCAUAUCUGAGCUUUUGGACCUGGGAUUACUCCUACAACAUGACGGCGAAUGUAGCAGUUGGUAUCACACAGAAUUUGCUCUGGACAUGGUUUAGUAUUUCUCGAUACAGAAAGUACAUGAAAGGGUGGACUGCGUGGCCGGGAAUGAUAGUCGCAUGGCUGAUCCUCGCUAUGAGUCUGGAACUUCUUGAUUUUCCUCCGGCGUGGGGAUUGGUUGACGCCCACAGCCUAUGGCAUCUAGGGACCGUUGUUCCUACCAUUUGGUGGUACACGUUCCUCGUCAAAGACGCGCAAGACGAUCUUAUGGGACAAAGGCUCAAAGCAUAG